AAAGCGAAGAGGAGACUUAUUACUACCUGAAUCAUGCCGGGAUGAACUUUACUCUUCAAGUAAUCCAUAUUCUGGCAAAAAAUACCACUCAGGUGCUCGUGGCUCGAUAUCGAACUUAGAACUUGGAAAAACUCGGCUGUGUCAGUAAGGAGCUACAAACGUAAGCAUGGCUGCUCCAUCAUCCGAUACACAACACGCAACAGUGUAGUCAACGGCUAGAAUCCCACUAUAUAAAAGAAGCUAAAUUUGAGCUUCCUAAGGCUAUCCACAUGGUCAAGUCAAAAUAAUCAGGACCAAUCAAAGUGCCAGGUCAUUUUAGACUGGGCUUGAAAUUAAAAAAAAUUAGUGACCUUCACAGCCCAUUUGACCCAUCUUGCAGCCCAAUCCCGAGUUUCUCUUGACAGUGAUGUCGCACAAUCCCGUGUUCUAAACAUAUGACUCCUUCUCCACCUAACCCUAAUCGCCGUCUCAUCCCUUCAUUGAUUCUCUUCCUCUCCCCCAGCUCCUCCCGCAUAACGCCUCGGAUGUGAGUGCUGGUACUUCAAUGUGCUCCCAUAAAUCCUCCAUUCAAGAUCCCUACAGACCCUCCACAUAAUAAUCGUUAGAAGAUGGAGAAAAAAGCAAUGGCACAUAGACGUAUGGAAACGUAGACGCAAAGCGACGCCGCGAAGCUGCUAGGGUUUUUUCAUUUCUUCUGAUCGUCAUUGUUUCAGGUUUUACUUUUGUUCACUCUCUGACUCGAUUUAAGAUUUCUGAGUUUCUUUGUGAUUGAAAUGGCUCUAAUUAAGCUGACUUGGCUCUCCAGCUCUGUAGUUAGGGUUCUGGGUACUAAUCUAUGAUGAUUCCAAACUCCAAAGUCUGGUACUUUGGAGUGAUUCAAGAGGUUUAUGAUAAUAUUACCGAACAUCAUUACCUGACAGAUCUUCUGCUUAUUGUAGUGCUAUUAAUCAUUACCAGAGUCUUCAGAGUUUUUUUGUCCGUAAACAGAUCGAAAAGUCUACACCUUUUUAUGACAGGGGAUGUUGUAACGAUUUGUUGAGCUGUUUAGGAUAGUGUGAAACAAAAAAAAUGGAUGAUGAUAAUGGGCUUGAGCUCAGCUUGGGUCUCUCAUGUGGUGGAGGGAAAGGUAAAGGUAACAAUGCUGGAACCUCCUCUGAGAAUCACAAUCUAGAAGGAGGAGGUGAUAGAAGCGCUAAAGUGAUUGAUGACUUUAAGAACUUUCUUCAUCCAACAACUUCUCAGAGACCAGCCGCAGAGCAGAGUUCUGAACCUCCUCCACAGAAUUUCUUCAAUGACCUCUCCAAAGCACCAACCGCUGAUGCUGAAGCUUCCACGAAGCCUCUGUGGGUGGAAGACAAGGCGAUGAAAGAAGCAGGAAGCAGCAAAAUAAAGGAGGAGGCACGUGUUGAUAUGCACGAGAUGAAGAAGAAGACAAAGGCAUCCUAUGUUUCGAACGCGACUGAUGAAGGAUCAAAAGCUGAUAACGAAGAUGUAGCGGAGUGUGAAGCAGGUGGUGGUGAUGGUGGUGGCUCUUCUUCCAAAAAAAAAUAAACGUACGGAAACAUAGAUUCAACUGUUCUACCUUUGGUUGCUUAACGCCUCCAAAGAUGAUUGAUAGCUUCAAUAAAAUAAAGACGUUUGAUCUUAGAUCAGUUGGAGGAGCUCAAAGCAGCAACGCUCCCAAGUGAAGACAUCCAAAUCAGCGAUGGAGAUCAAGACAAAAUUUUCAUUUGCAGCGGUAAUUCUUAAUUAAUCCAAUAAAGUUUAUCCAUUUGCAGAAAUGGAUCAUAACAAAACAGUCGGAAACAAGGUGGUGCGAAAAUAGUAGCGUUUUUAAAUCGUAGUUAGAAUUUAUGUUGUGUGAAUGAAAUUGAGUGUGUUGCAGUAAAUUAGCAUGUACUUUCACAUCAUCCAAUACAAUGCAUUUCUUCAGCCCAUCCAGGUGACUCAGGGGCUAAUAUGUCGUGUUCACACGUAAAGCUAGAAGAAAAAAACUAUCGAGGCCUGACUUAUGACAAUAUGUCUUGGAAUAUUAUGAUACUGCAUGCACAUAAGUGUACAUAAAUAUGUCUUGGACUCAUUUAUAACGUGCAAAUGAACCAUGUUAAGCUUCUAUAUAAAAAUCUCUAUUUGUUUUACUAAUUCAAGUCAAUACUAUCAAGUUAGGAACAUGUCCAACAUAAAGAAAUCUAAUUACAUUUAGAAACUACAUUUAUAUUCUAUAUAUUUUGAAACCCCUGCAAAUAUAUAUUUUUAAAUUAGUCUAACAUAUGCCAACAAAUUUAACUUUUAUAUAAUGCAUAAAAAUAUAAAGAUGAUGUUGUGAGAUAAGAAUGUACACACAAAAUUUAAAAUAAAAGAAUUGACAAAUUAUAUAUAUUAUUUUUAAAAAAAAUUUAUAUAAUAACUUAAUAAUAUAAAUCAUAAUCAAAAAUACUAUUCGUAUCACAUUUGUAUUAACCGAAAAAUUCGUGCUUUUGAAGCACAGAUCAAAAUGUAGACUAAUAUAGCUCCUAAUUUUUAUUUAAAAAUUAAAUUUCUAAAAAAAAAAAGAUUAAAGACAACUAUCAAGUCUGUUUAAAAAAUAUAGUGGUUUGUUCUUGCACCAGAAUCUUGGUUAUGCAAUUCAAAAUCUAUUAUGUUGUUUUGUAACUUUUCUUCUUAAAACAGAGACAAAGAGUAAUGAACAAAGACAAAUUAUGAACUCUUAUUGUCAGAUUGUUUGUUUUUUUUUCUCUCGCUUCAAUUUGAUGACUGUAACUAAUUAUUUUAAUUCACACAAAAUUUUCAUAUUUUAAACGUAUCACAUUAAAUAUAAAAAUCUUCAAUAGAUUAUAAUACCUAAAUGUUCUUCUCGAUAGACAAUAAUAUCAGAAAUGCAAGUAGCACAUCUCCUGCCACAAUCACCGGCUGCAAUCACUGAAAGUUCAAAAAAAUCUUUUGUCUCAUCAAUACAAAUCAACAAAAUAUAUGAAUAAAUUCAGUAACAUUGCAUAUUUGAUACAAACCGGUUAACAACCUCAGCUCCACAUAACAUUCACAUCAUCUUCCACUCAGAAAUUUGCAACGAGAAGAAAGGCGGAUACAACUAUUACGUGUAAGUUACUCAAUCAGUGGAUUUCCACAUUUCAAGAUCUCUCUCUUUCGCUGACUCAUUUUCUAAUUAUUUCUUUCGUCAAAGGGUCGUUUUCCUCAACAUGGUGGUCAAAUCAAACCACAAUGAUCCUCCACCUGCUGGAGGUAAAUCAAAAUUACAACUUUACUGUGCGUUUAUAGAAUUCUCGAACACAUACGAACCCAAUCACCCCUCUCUGGAAUCCGAGAAAUCAUUUGUCUAAAAUUCGGACAGAACAUCUUAACUAUUAAGUGCAAAAUUAAGGGUAGAGAUAGUUUGAUCUGGUAGGUUAUACUUUGAAAGUAACACAACAAAACCUUAGUAUUAAAUUCUCGAUCAAUUUAUCUGGUUUUUCGUUCAUAAGUUUUUUUCAACGGGCCUUUUUUCCAUGUAAUUCAUAAAAUUUCUAAUUAGUUUAUUAAUGAAAGACCUAAACACACUUUUAAAAGAUUAUGUUCAAAUUCAAAACACCAUAAUGCUAAACAAUAUCUCAAUUACGAAGUUCUUUUACAUAUUUUUAAUUUUCAACACGUUAAUUUAAUUUCCAUUACUACAGAAAACCACUUUACACAACCAAAAAUAUCAACUCCCCUCUACUUUUACAUCUCUAUCGAUUGACUUCCAACUAUAUUCGCAUAAAAA